AUGGUGGACGCAAAGCCGCGGCUUUAUGGCGUGGGUGUGAAGGCCCUUCGCCUGCAGCUCGAUGUUCCGCCAUUUACUGAGGGCCUUACCAACCAGACGCCCGCCUACCUGGCCUUAAACGCCGAGGGCGCCUUCCCGCUCCUCGUCUCCGGCAACGGCGCCGCCCAUGCCUCCGCCGCCCCAGCACUUAAGGAGCUUCUUGGCAGCAGCGCUGCGGCAGCUAAAUGGGCGGAAUGGUCUGCGGCCACCGACGGCUUCAUGUCUGGCUGGAUCGACGGUCUCCUAGGCGUGGCGGAGGCGAAUGAGGCCGCGGCGGCCAGCGCUGCCAGCGGCUUCCGCGUGCAUUUGGCCGCUCUGGAGUCUGCCCUGUGCUCCAGCCGCUUUGCCACGCUCGGCGGUGGUGCCGCCGUCGACGCUGCCGUCGCUAUGUCGCUCUUUGCGUUCUACCUGACCGUCUUUGACGAGAAGCUCCGGGCGGAGGUUCCCAAGACAGCUGCCUUCCUGGCGACGGCGGUGCUGACUCAGCCGUGGUCUGGCGCGCGCACUCGUGCGGCCUUCAACGAGUUCUUUGAGACUAAGGCGCAUACGUACUGGGCCAGCAGCAGCGUCGUGCCACACAACGACCCCACGCUGCUUUUCACCAACGCCGGCAUGAAUCAGGCAAGUGACCAAAGCCAAGGGCAGGCAAAUUGGCAACACCACCACGCAUACCUGCCCCACAGCUGGUUCAAGCCUGUCUUCCUCGGCACGGUCGACCCCAACUCGGACAUGGGCAAGCUGAAGCGCGCUUGCAACAGCCAGAAGUGCAUUCGUGCCGGCGGCAAGCACAACGAUUUGGACGAUGUCGGUAAGGACGUGUACCACCACACGUUCUUCGAGAUGUUGGGCAACUGGUCCUUCGGCGAUUACUUCAAGGAGGAGGCCAUCAGCUGGGCCUGGGAGCUGCUUACGAAGUGGUACAAGUUACCCGCGGACCGGCUGUAUGCCACCUACUUUCGAGGCGACCCCGGGCAGGGUCUGCCUGCUGAUGACGAGGCGCGUGAAAUCUGGCUGCGCUUCUUGCCGGAGAGCCGCGUACUGCCGUACGGCAACAAGGAGAACUUCUGGGAGAUGGGCGACCAGGGACCAUGCGGGCCGUGCACGGAGAUCCACUUUGACCGUAUCGGCGGUCGCGACGCCGCGGACCUGGUGAACGCGGACGACCCCAACGUGUUGGAGAUCUGGAACAAUGUGUUCAUUCAAUUCAACCGCGAGCCGGAUGGAACCCUCAAGACGCUGCCAGCCAAGCAUGUGGACACGGGUAUGGGUCUGGAGCGCAUUACCUCGGUGCUGCAGGGCAAAAUGUCUAACUACGCCACCGACCUUUUUGGUCCAAUUUUUGACGCCAUUCAGCAAGUUACCGGCGCCCGUACCUACACCGACAAGAUUGGCAAGGAGGACGCGGACGGUGUCGACAUGGCGUACCGUGUGGUGGCCGACCACAUCCGCACUCUGUCCUUCUCCAUUGCGGACGGAGCUCGGCCGGGUAACGAGGGCCGCGACUACGUGCUGCGCCGCAUCCUGCGCAGGGCCGUCCGUUACGGCCGGGAGACGCUGGGUGCCAAGGAGGGCUUCUUUGCGGGUCUGGUGGACGUGGUGGUGGCCAACUUCGGUGGCUUUUUCCCCGAGCUGGUCAAGCAGAGGGACACCAUCUACUCGGUGCUGCGGGAGGAGGAGGCGGCGUUCAGCCGCACGCUCGUCAAGGGCAUUGAGCGCUUCAAGAAGGCUGCCUCUGCGGCCACUGACAACAAGAUCCCCGGCUACGAGGCCUUCGUGCUGUGGGACACGUACGGCUUCCCCGUGGAUCUGACUCAGCUCAUGGCGGAGGAGCGCGGCAUGACGGUGGACAUGCCGGCGUACGAGGCAGCCCUCAAUGAGGCGCGCGAGAAGUCGCGACAGGGUGGCAAGAAGGCCGCGGGUGCGGGUAUCAAGUUUGAGGCGGAGGCCACUGGGUGGCUGCAGUCCAACGGUGUGCCGCUCACUAACGAUGCGCCCAAGUACGGCAGCUCUGACGUGUCUGCCAAGGUUUUGGCGAUUCUUACGCCAGGCGGCUUUGUGGCGUCGACCUCGGAGGCGGCCGACCAGGACGGACCCGUGGGUCUCGUGUUGGACACCACGAGCUUCUACGCUGAGAGCGGCGGUCAGAUUGGCGACACGGGUGCCAUCCGGGGACCGGAGGGCGCUGCGCUGGUGGUGUCGGACUGCCAGGUUGCUGCCGGUUUCGUGCUCCACGUGGGCGAGGCCUCUGUAGCUCCCUUCCGCGUGGGUGAUGAGGUGACGGUGUCUGUGGAUUACGAACGCCGCUCCCUCAUCAAGCCCAACCACACUUUCACGCACGUCCUCAACUUUGCGCUCAAGUCCACCCUGGGCGACCAUGUAGACCAGAAGGGCUCCAUUGUGCUGCCAGACAAGCUGCGAUUCGACUUCUCCAACGCCGGCCCCGUGGAAGCAAACCAGCUGGCGGCCGUGGAGAAGAUCUGCCGGGAGGCCGUCGCCGCUGCCAUGCCGGUGCAUAGCGGAGAGGUGCCGCUGGCGCAGGCGCGGUCCAUCAACGGCCUGCGUGCCGUAUUCGGUGAGGUGUAUCCCGACCCUGUGCGCGUGGUUUCCAUUGGGCGGGCGGUGGAGGAGCUGCUGGCGGACCCCAAGGACGCAGCCAACGCGGCCUUUUCCAUUGAGUUUUGCGGAGGAACCCACCUUUCGAACACGUCGGAGGCGGAAGCGUUUGCGCUGCUGAGCGAGGAGGGUAUUGCCAAGGGUAUUCGCCGUAUCGUGGCAGUGACCCGCGGGGAUGCGGUUCGUGCCAUCGAGGCGGCAGCGGAUCUAAAGGCGGAGCUGGCAUCUAUUGCCACGCUGCCAGAGGACCAGUUGGAGAAGGCCUGCAAGGGCUUCAAGGAGUCUGUGGAUGCCGCUGUCAUUCCCGCCGUGGACAAGGCAGCCCUCCGCGAUGAGCUUGCAGUCCUGGGCCGCCGUGUGAUCGAGUUCCAAAAGGCUGCUGCCGCUGCCAACAAGGCCCUGGCGGCGGAGCGUGCUGUAGCAGCUGCCGACGCCGCGGUAGCGGCGGGCAAGAGCUUCGUGAUUGGCAGGCUGGAUGUGGGUCUGGACACUCGUGCCGUCGGCGAGGCUUGCUCCGCCAUCAUCGCCAAGCACUCUACGCUGGCGGCCUUGUUCGUAUCGGUGGAUGCGGAGAAGGGCAAGGCGCUGGCGUACGCUGCGGUGCCGGACUCAGUGACCGACAGGCUAAAAGCGAACGAGUGGGUUUCCACGGCUCUGGGGCCGCUGGGCGGCAAGGGCGGCGGCAAAGCCAACAACGCGCAGGGCCAGGGCGCCAACGUCGAGAAGGUGGAUGAGGCCCUGGGGGCCGCGACUGCUUUUGCGGAGUCCAAGCUACAGUGAGGAGCAGGAGCAAAAUUCUACGGUGGCCCUUUCUAGGUACUGCCGCAACCAGGAAGCCGAUGUCGCCGUCGUAGCGUUGUUGGGCUCCUGUAUGGGUUUGUGUCGGGUGCGUUUCUUGCGGGGGUCUUGGCGGCUGUCUUUUGUCGGGUAGUGUAAGAAGCAGGUGACGUGUGGUGAUUACUUACGGUGAAAAUGGUAUCCAGCCAUUGCCUGCUGGCGGCGGCGGCAGUAGCAGCAGCGGUGUAGCAGCAAAGAACUUGGGACUGAAAGAUGUGGUCAUAAUGUGGGCGUGACUUGCAUGCGCGUAUGCCGUACGUGUCAAUUCCUGGGGCCCCUUCCCAUCAUGCGCCUCUUGCGUGGGGGGGAAGGGAAGUAACGCUGCAGGAUUUCACAUGCAGGUCCCACACCUGGUGGAUAUAUUUCGGAAGCAUAACUGACUAUGUUUUAUGAGCUGGCCCGGCGAUUGGGCAUUGGGGAGAGCAAAUGCAUGCAACAGGACAGACACACUGGGACGAAGGCUGUUCCCUGCAUUAUGGAUGCGAGAAGACAGCGGGGGCUGAAAUCAUGAGGCGGAAGAGGGGGCGCAGCAGAUGCCUUGGGUGUCGGUCAUAAGUGCUUGUGAACACGCUUGCCAAUGAGCGUCAGUCGCUUGUGUCCGGUUGCAUGUGCUGAUGGGCGAGUGGGACCUCGACCAAGUGUUGUCCUGUCGGCAUGUUGGUGAGUGCCUUGGCAGGGCGGCGGCUAGGGCACAGUGUAUGAAGUGGAAAGUACAGUGUGCUCUUGGGAAAGUCCUGCCAGAGUGAAAAGCAUGGGUUGUUUCUAUUUACACCUGGGACCUGUCAUAAAAACCGCGUGUUUCGGGAGGGCCCUUCAGAAAGUGGCGUUUUGACAGCGGGCAUGUUUCAACACAUAGGAGUAACGCGGUCUGGAAUGGGCGCAUGAGCGUACGCUUUAGCAGGCCGUAUAGUCGGCAAUAAGAAUACAUGAAUGUUUGCUAGAAGAGUACGGGCUUACUCCGUUCACGUCCCGCUUAGGAAGUUGCGUGGAAUGCCCGGUGCUUUGACCCGACGUGUAAGCACGAAGACGUCAGCCGUGCGGACGUCGCUUGU